GUGAGUAAAGUAUGCGUGUUGGCGUUCAAGGCUCUCUUUUGGUAUGGGACUCCCUAAUCCAACCGUCUCCGUCAAGAGUUUAGGAUUUGCACCUAAUUGCACCUCGUUGUUUCAUUCCUUCUUCUUCGACUCAAGUUCUUUGACAUGAAUCGGAUUCCCUGCGGUGGCGACGGAUGAUUUCGUCGAUGAGACAGAGAUGGCGAGCCCUUCCUGGCCUUCGAUCGUCCUUCCAGCUGUACCUUGUGACUCACCCUCGAAUAAGAGGCGGUGGACGAACCAGCACUAGCGAUUUGCACGACAAUAUUCGACCAAGCAUGUGUUACUAUCGUUCUGAUCUCCGACCAGAUUGUUCCAUCUUUAAAUUUGAGUGUCUUCCCUACACUUCUGGUGCGAAAACAGUUCUUUCGAGUGUCCAGAGAGAUUUGCAAUGCCCGCCGGCUACAUCAAUCUAUCUUUGAAG